AUGUUCGAAGCGUCUUUGAAUGGAGCGACAGUAGCACGACCAGUAUUUUUUGAGUUCAGAGACGAUCCAAAUACACACGAGCUGAGCCACCAAAUUAUGUGGGGAAGUGCUCUCCUUUUCGUUCCUGUCGUUUAUGAGGGCGCAGAGUCUGUGAAGGGAUAUCUUCCGCCAUCAGCUACAUGGUACUCAAUACGCGACAUCGAUUACGGCUAUCGAAUUGUAAAAACUGGAUGGAGCACAUUUGCUGCACCAACAACAGGCGCACAGUCUGUAAAGGGAUAUCUUCCGCCUUCAGCUACAUGGUACUCAAUACGCGACGUCGAUUACGGCUAUCGAAUUGUGAAAACUGGAUGGAGCACAUUUGCUGCGCCAACGACAGUUCAUAUUCCUGUUUUCAUCAGGGCAUACGAUGAAAAUGGCAAUGCACUACCGGCACACGGACAGUUGUUCUGGGAUGAUGGCGAAACUCUGUCCGGACUGAAGGUACCUCCACUUGAAAUUAUCGAUAUUCUUGGCUACGAAUUUCGUCCGGAUUCUGGCAGUAUGAAAAUAAAUGACGCUUCAAUUUCUGAAGUUUUGUUCAAUUAUGAACCAAAAACGAAGCGAUUGUUGAUUAGAAAACACGAGCUCCUCAACCUGGCCACCGCCCGAGGACACAGCGAUGCACUGCGUUGGACACAUUCUGGAGAACGAGGCGACGAUGCUGUGCCGAUCGGAGAACGCGUUGACUGCAAUCCAAGCCCGGGUGCUUCGCAGCAGAUGUGUUUGCAGCAUAACUGCAUCUGGGAUGGUAUCACUGAUCAUGAUAGCAAUCCAACCGUUCCGUUAUGCUAUGUGCCACCAAAUUCGGGUUACAUUAUUACAAAAAAAAUGAAUUACGGGAGUUAUCCAAAAUUAGCACUCAGCAGUGCUCCCUAUGGUGCCACAAAUCCAUACGGUGCAAACAUUUCGCCGAUAACGUUC